GGGGAGGAGUUUCAAGAAACCCCGCCCAUCAGUGCCAUUAAUGUUAUGGGCGAGACGAGGGCGGUCGAGGCGUCUAGGUUCUUCUAAAGUGCUGUAAAGUGCAGCGGGGCGCUCACGCAGGGCGCGAGAAGUGCCUGAAGUGGCAUGAGUUGAGGCAGCAAAGCCGGUUGUGCCAGGGCGGGAGACGCCUGUUGGUCUCCAGCCUGUAUGGCUCAGGUCGUUUACUGCAGCUAUUUAGUAUUUAUUUUGGAUUUUGAGAAAAAAUAUCCAAGCUCUCUAAUCUCGACAUUUUUUUUUAAGGAGAAAAGAAAUCGCUGAACAAGUUAGACCUGUGUGAGGUUUACAGAUUUGACCGUGUGAGGCAAACCGGAACAUUUUUCUCUUAUAUUUAAAGACAUUACCUACGCCAGCUCACAUUAAGCAAAUUUUAUUUCAAGAAAGUAUUGAAGUGUGGAUUGUGAUUUGGUGCAGUGACCUCCCGCUAUCUUGUCUCAGUUUUCUCAAGAUGCGCCUCGGACUAGCGGUGUGGUGGAUGGUGGCACUGGUGGGCGUGGUGGACGGUGCAGCGCUGGUGCGGCCGCCCAUCCACCGCUCCAUGGCUCCGCAACACUUCAUCUCCCCGCAGGAUAUACCGACCGAAAGUGUUCCUUCGAAUGUGACGAACGAAAACCCGAAGGAGACAUCAAGAGUCACGAGAUCAACCAAAGACACAUCUGGUUUCGGUGAGCAGAAAGUCAAGGAGGAACUUAUUCACUCAGAGGAAUUACUGGAAAAGUACGGAUAUCUGGACUGUGUGCCGGCCGGCAGCGAAGCCAACACUCGCCUUCACCGCCUGCUGCUGUAUCGUCGACGACGUCUCAUCGACCCUCCCAGUUAUGGCACACUUGACGUCAGACUUAGAUCACCAGACAAACGCAUGCAAGUUACAAUUUUGCAUUCAAACCACAAGAGCAAUGAUGACAAAGACAAAACACAGGCCCAGACGCAGGCCCAGACACAGGCCGCGGAUGACGCGCCAGGUCUUCCAUACAAGGAAAACAACAAAACCACAUCUAAUAACCCAAAAGAAAGUGACGUUAAAAUUUUAAACACCAAGCAUAGCAAAGUCACGGUGUGGGAUCCCUUCACGGGUUACCUCCAUCACCUGCCCAUUUGUUCUCAAGGCGAAAUAGAAAAAGCCAUCAAGAAAUUUCAGAAAGUGUAUCACGUAGGUAAUGGAGGAACGUUGGACUCUCCCACUGUGGGGCUGCUUUCUCGCCCUCGCUGCGGGAACCCAGAUAGCAUAAUGGAAGAGUUCGAGGUGAACCAAGGCGCGCAGAUACCAGGAGGCAGCAGGUCUCGCCGGAGAGCUCCACAAGAUAAUGAAGCGUUGCAGCCUAACGAAGAUGUCAGAGACAUAAAUGUUCCAGAGGAACAAUACAUCUUACACGAAGAGGAUAUUGAUAACACAGAUGACGUCCCAGACCAAGAAAUGUUGAAGAAAGUCGCUGAAGAACUAAGAAGAGCGGCGGAGGCUCGACAUCCUAAGCCUGAGUCGCACCUGGAGUGGGAGCCUCACCCUGAGGAAGCGUUAAAGCGGCGGAAGCGGUGGCUGGAGGAGAUGAGUGCGCGGUACACCAGCGGGGAGGAGGACCUGCGCCUCGCCGCCCUCACAUCCCACCCCGCCGUCGCCAACGCCACCUCCACAAAGCAGCAUGAUCGAGAUAAGAGAUCUUCGUUUAGCUACACAGGACAACGCUUUCAGGCGAAACUAAUCAAGUGGCGACUGGUGACGGCGGGCUACAGCUCCCAGCUGGACAUUGGGGCCCAGCGAGCUUCCCUGGCACUGGCUUUCCGGAUGUGGUCUGAGGUCAUCCCGCCCGUCUUCCUAGAGCAGUCUACAGCCGACAUUGUUGACAUAAGCAUCGGUUUCGGCAAGAGAAGUCAUCUGGGGUGUGUGACUGAGUUCGACGGGCUGGGCGGCGAGCUGGGCCACACACUGAGGCCUGCACAGGACGCCCAGAUUCACAUGGAUGAUGACGAACAUUUCACACUCAACUCGGACCACGGCACCAACCUCCUGAAGGUGGCCGUGCACGAGAUCGGACACGUGUUGGGUCUGGGGCACGUGGCUCAGAGGGCCUCGGUGAUGCAUGCCGUGUAUGAGCGGGUAUUGCCCAACCAGGGAUUCGAACUUGGUUCGCAUGACCGCAAGCGUGUACAGAAACUCUACGGGCCGUGUAUGGGUGCCUUUAACACGGUAUUUGACCUCCUCCGCUGGCGUCCCGACGGCUCCCUCACUUACAACACCUUCUUCUUUAGGAGUACUCACUUCUGGAUGUACGAGAACAGGUACAACAGGACGAGGUUUGGCGACCCUCUGGACAUCCGGCACGAGUGGGGAGGCAUUCCCGACAACAUUGACGGUUACGCCCACGUGUGGACGCGCACACAGGACAUCCAUCUGAUUUUCAGAGGUGAGUUUUACUACGUGUAUGACCCUCGGACGGAGGGAGUAGCACAUGGGUAUCCUCGGCUCAUUGCUCACGACUUCCACGGCCCGGCCACAGCGAAGCGACCGAAAGGACGCACUAUCCCCAAUAACAUCGACACUGUUUACUUCGACAAAAGGGAUGAAAACCUCUAUUUCUUCAAGGGAAGGAAGGUCUACGGUUACGACGUGAGCAAGGGGUCGGAGGGGUGCUGCCUGCCUGGGUAUCCGCGCCGCAUACGGGAGGAGUUCCCGACAGUCAGCCCGUCCACUAGCCGGCUGCCACGGCAAAUCGACGCUGCCUACUACUCCUACACCGAUCAAAAGCUUUACUUCAUCAAAGGUCUUCAUUUCUGGGAGGUGGCGACCUUCCACCCUAAUGACAAGCAGCGUAACAACAGUGUGGUGGGGCCUUUCUUUGUGCACAAGAAGUGGUAUUACAUCUGUGACACUGAGAUAGACCCCUUCGACUCUUACACUGUGAGUUAGUGUCUUGGACAAGUUGGUCACAAUGCAUUAUUCAACCAUGAUACAAUGAAGUGUGUGUAU